AUGAUCAAUGGAACUAUGCUAGACAUAAAAUAUGUCAAUGUCAAGUUCAGAAACGAUACAUGGGUAAACAUAUUUGGUUCUGCUUUGUUGAAAGUAAACGUGACAUUGUUUGAGUUUGCUGCUGCUAACGUAACAACGUGCGACAUCACAAAACAAAAUGUGACGCUUGUCAACUCGACGUUGUUUAUGUGCACAGAAUGGAAUGCAACACUGUUCAACACUUCGUACUACAAUGUUACAUCUAUUGGAUGCAGAGCCGUCAACGUUACAGAUCGAAAUGGUACAAUUAUAAACAGCACAUAUAUUGAUUAUUCUCUCAUCAACGUGACCACAAUAGCAGCUUACGCACAGAACGUGUCCUAUUUCUUGGGCUUAUCUGUUAAGAAAGUUUCCGGGUACACAUACAAACGUGGCUGUAGACAUUACACUUAUAGAAAGUCUCGUUACAAUUACUAUUAUUACUACAGAGAGUAUCACUUUAGCUUCUAUGACUUUAUAAAGGACUGGCGGCAACGGAAUUAUUUCUCAUGGAUCUACAAACAAAGUGAACAUUUGUUCAAUCACUUGCAAAAACUUGAUUUUUACUCUCAAAGUGGUACAAAUUUUGCUCCAUUUGAAAAUGAUGUACUAUCGUCUAACAUUACCUACCGAUCUCGGUGUUGGACCCAAUACUGGAAGAACUGGUGGUCUGCAAACGAAGCUAGAUGGCGUCAACAGCAAGAUCGAUGGCAACGAGAAACAAGCUAUACAACGUGGUGGUUUAGGCCAACAGAGACGUUGUGGAAUGUAUGGAGAGACUACUGCAAUCGUUGGCGGUCAGACCUUCUACGCAAUGACUGUGACAACUGUUUUACAAACUGGACAAUCUUUAACAGCAGUUUUGUCAAUGCGAAUUUUAACGGCACCAAUUUCAAGAAUUCAACGUUUGUCAACACAAAAAUUGUCAAUACAACUAUAGUCAAUACAACCAUAUUCAACACGACGUACACAAACAGUUCAUUUAGUAGAGUUCUAAUCAGUAAUCUGAGUAUUAGCAAUUGCAAUCUUGUCAACACUUCGUUUAUCAACAUGGUGACAAUAAACGGAACGUACACAAUCGUUAACUCCUUUUUGCACAACGUCUCUUACAUGAACUUUAAUGUGACGGCGUAUACUGCGAUCAACGUGUUUGAGAACAUGACUGUUGAAGUGAAUGGAACAUGGUUCAGCUACAAACUCGAAAAUGUGACCAGCUACAAUACGCAUAAGACAAACGUUUCAAUAAAAAGUUUACAUCAAUGGCGCCGCGGACUUGUGUCAUUAGCAGACAAGCCUUACAAUUGGAAAUGGUUGCCGGCUAUCUGCAGCUUGGAUAAUAUGGCUAAUGUCACAAACUACACUCUCAUUAAUGCCACUUUCACAAACGUUAGCUUCCUCAAUGUAUCAUUUGACGCUUAUACUGCAAUCAAUUCCACAUUCGUCAACUGUUCUUACGUCAACGUUUCAUUUGUAAACGUCACUUUAUUGAACGUGUCCUCAAUCAAUUCCACACGUAACAACGUGUCAUAUGUAAUGAUGACACAAGUCAAUACUACGUGGAUCAACACGAUUACUGCUAAUACAAAUUUGUCUGCCUUUGUUUGGAAAAACGUCACGUACGUUAACCUAACGUCUCUAAAUACUAUGAUGGUAAAUGGAACCAUGUUGGACAUGAAAUAUAUCAAUAUGACUUCCACGAACGAAACUUGGCUGAACUUAUUUGCUUCUAACGUGCUCGAAAUAAACGUGACGAAACUAGACUUUACCGCAGCGGAUAUAGCAAUUUACAACAUCACGAAACAAAACGUGACUCUCGUCAACUCGACACUGUUUAUGUGCACGGAGUGGAAUGCGACGCUGUUCAAUAUGUCAUACUACAAUGUUACGUUUUUUGGAUGUAGAGCUGUCAACGUAACAAACAUAAACGGAACAAUUGUGAACGGCACAUACAUUGACCAUUCAGCAGUCAAUGUGACCAUAAUAGCAGCCUACUUAUACAACGUGUCAAACAUUUUGGGAAUACCAGGUGUAAAGAAAUACCGUUAUACCCAUCGUUAUGGAUUAUAUUAUGAACCUUACCGUUAUGUCUUCUACUACUACUAUUAUAACUACUACUAUAUGUACUUAUAUUACUACAAAAGAUAUGGUUAUCGUAUUUCAUAUAAUUCCUUUGGGGACUUCUACUAUCGUUACGGAAAUUUGCUCAAACAGUUGAAAACGCUUGAAUCUGUGUCUCAAAGUAGAAUAGCUUUUGUUCCGGUUGGAAACGAAGCAGCUACAUGUUGGUACAAACCUUUGAAAUGGCCUUACUACUUUGAUCAAUGGAAAUGGAAGAACUGGUGGCAUGAAGGUGUAUCUCUGUGGCGUCAACAGCAAGAGUGGCGGAAAGAAGAAAGAAGUUAUUCUUCGUGGUGGUUUAGACCAACAGAAGGAUUGCGGAAGAUGUGGAAUGAAGCUUGUUACUACCAGCAGUCACGUUUUCUAAAUGCCAGUUGUGACAGCUGCUUUAUCAACUUGUCGAUCCUUAAUAGCAGUUUAGUUAGUGUUGUGUUCAACAGCACUGAUUUCAUAAAUGCGACUAUUGUCAACACAAGGAUAGUCAAUACAACGACUUUCGAUGUCACAUACACUAAUUUUACAAUUGUCAACUCCAGUUUGACAAAUACGUCGUUCUUACAAGUGAGGGGCCGCAAUACUCGUGUGAUCAACACGACUCUGUACAACGUGUCUUACAUCAAUUUUACGAUAGCAGGAUAUUCUGCUAUCAACGUAAUUGAGAACAUGACCGUAGAAGUGAAUGGAACAUGGUACAACUACACACUGUGUAACGUAACCAGUUAUAAUGCAAGAAAAACAAAUGUGUCGAUAGAAAGUCAAUAUCGAUGGCAGCAAAGAGUUUUGCGAUACUAUGUAUACGAUUUCUACAAACUUCCUUGGUUGUAUCCAGUCAUUGAUAUCUUUACGGUUAACAUAACCGACUACACUCUCGUUAACGCCACUUUCACCAACGUCAACUCUACAAAUGUAUCAUUUGACUCUUAUACGGCAAUAAACUCUACAUUUAUCAACUGUUUUCACGUCAAUGUCUCAUUUGCAAACAUUACCUUAUUGAAUGUGUCUUCAAUUAACUCCACACAUACUAACAGUUCAUCGAUUAUGAUGACGCAAGUCAAUACGACGUGGAUCAACACGACUAAUAUCAAUGUAACUUUGUCUUACUUUGUUUGGAAAAAUGUCACUUAUCUUAACUUGACAUCACAGAAUUGUUCCAUGACAGAUGGAAAUAUCCUAGACAUAAAAUUUGUCAACGUCACAUCGAGAAACAGAACAUGGGCAAAUGUAUUCAUGUCUGGCUUGACCGAAAUUAAUGUGACUCUAUCUGACUUUGCGACAUCCAAUAUAACAACGUGGAACAUCACAAGACGUAACGUGACGUUCAUCAACUCGACAUUUUUUAUGUGCACAGAAUGGAAUGUUACACAGUUCAACACUUCAUAUUACAAUGUUACAUUUAUAAGAUGCAAAGCCGUUGAUUUGCAAGACAGAAAUGGAACAAUUGUAAACAGCACAUACAUUGAUUAUUCUAUGAUCAACGUCAAUAUAACAGCAAGAUAUAUGCGAAAUGUGGCAUUCACUGGUGUGGAAGACUACACAGCUACAUACACACCUAACUACAAAUGCUAUUUCGGAUCUUACCAUGACUUUUUCUUCUACAAUAGAUGUUACAGGAAAUCCUAUCAAUUACUGAAGUAUUGGGAAUAUAAUUACUCGCCGUGGACAUUAAACCGUCACGACCAUUUACUCGACCAUUUGAAGAAGCUUACGCUUUACCAUUAUAAUAGUAUAGAAUUUGUGUCGCUGUACGGUCCCUUGUAUUAUUGUCCACACGUACCUUGGCCGAAUUUCUGUCACAAGUGGAAGUGGAGCUACCAAUGGUACAGAAGUAGAUUCGACUGGUACCUAAAACUGGAGCAAUGGACGAAAAAAGAAAGCAUUGUCAAAUGGCGGUUCAAUUUCAUUGAGCAAUGGAAUAAUUAAACUCUCAUCUUUGUAGAUCAAGUGAUUUGGUUAAACGUUGUGACAGCUUUACUUUCACUAUCCUUGGCUUGUCAACACUAUUCACAUACAGUACUUUGUUGAAAAACCGUCUAUAGUAGUUCAAUCUCAAUUGCAUAACAUAUGUAGUGUUUUUCCUACAAUACACUUAGGGAACAUGUACUCAAGUUUUCAGUUUGUGAACUGGAGCUCUUACAAAUACACCAAGCCAUUUGUCUGCAUGCACAGGUUUUAUGAAUUCAGAGGCCGGUGAGUAUUAACUGUCCGGAUGUCAGGUAUUUGGCUGGGGUGCCAUAAAAGUUUUCUGAAGAAUUAUGCAGGGUUCGUGAUUUUUAAUUAAUUAAACGAACUACG